AUGAAUCGUUUCGGAUAUCCCAAAAUCCCAUUGAAGCCUGAAAUAUUGCGUAUCCUGGCUGAGAAUCAAUGCGAUGUAAAUCAAGAAUGCUUUUCGCAGGUGGUACAUGGUGUGGAUAUUGUGUGUCAGACCACUUCGGAUGUGAUCAAGACCAUGGUUGUUGUCCUGGCCACAUUGCAGCAGCUUUACCCGGCGGAAGAUAAUUCAAUGUCGUGUCGUGUAUUGGUUAUGUGUAACAGCUGCGACAUGGCCCAAGAAAUGGUCAAGAAAUAUAAACGUUUCGCCAAAUAUUUUCCGGAUAUUUCAAUAGGACUGGCCAUCGAAGAGGAGGAGUCUUUUAUUCCUGAAUCACCGCAUGUUGUAUUUGGCACACCGAUUCGCUUUUUGGAUUUGUUUCGCAAGAAAAUCGUAAAUGUCAGCCACCUAAGGCACUUCAUCUUGGACGAAUGCGACAAAAUGUUCGAGCAAUUAACUAUGCGCCGGGCCGUCUUUGAGAUCUUCCGCAAUUCACCGCACAAGAAGCAAGUCGUUAUGUUUUCAACUGAAUUGAAUAAGAACGUCAGGAAUAUAUGCAAGAGAUUAAUGCACGAACACCAUGAGGUCUAUGUGAACCAUAACGAUCAAUUGUGUUUGCAAGGAUGGCAGCAACAUUUUGACUAUGUCGAAGAGUCUGAGAAGAGCAAGAGGUUAUUCUAUUUGCUUGAAAUUCUGGAGUUCAAUCAAGUUGUGAUAUUUGUGGAAACUGUGACGCAAUGCUUGACCCUGGUGCAGCAGCUAAUUAAGCUAAAUUUUCCAGCCAUUGCUCUACAUGGCCAGAUGGAACAAAAGCAGCGAGUGCAUCAUUAUCAUAAAUUCAGAGGGUAUUAUAAACGAAUAUUGGUGUCGAAUAUAACUUUGGGACAAGGGAUGGAUAUCAAGGGUGUCAAUAUUAUCUUCGUUUAUCAAAUGCCCAAGGAUUCGAUUAGCUAUUUGGAUCGUGUGGCACGUGCUGGCCGUUUUGGAGCCAAGGGUCUGGGCAUUACAUUCAUUUCGAAUGAGUAUGAUGCCAAGUUCCUGAAUGAUCUGCAGUAUCGUUUCCAUCUUCGCAUAUCCAAAUUGCCCGAAAUAAUUGAUUUAUCCAGCUAUAUAGAAGGACGUUAG